CCGUCGCCGUCGCCGUCCCGGUGUUGGAGCAGCGCCGCGGCGGUUCCCCUCUAUUGAUCGAAUUUGACCUGCGAAGUUUCCCCUAGCGCGUGUGUGCAGUACAGUGGCGGCCGGUAGUGGCUCUCUCGCGCUCGUGUUUCCGAGUCUGGUAGUGCGGUUGAAUUAAUCGCGAGCAGCCUCGGUAUGUCUGUGCCAACGGCUUGCACGCGAUUCAGUGACAACUACGACCUGAAGGAGGAACUCGGCAAAGGUGCCUUCUCCGUGGUUCGACGAUGUGUGCAAAAAAGCACCGGUCACGAGUUUGCUGCAAAAAUUAUAAACACCAAAAAACUCUCAAAUAGAGAUUUCCAAAAACUCGAGCGUGAGGCGCGGAUAUGUAGAAAACUACAACAUCCAAAUAUUGUGAGAUUACAUGACAGUAUACAAGAGGAGAAUUUCCAUUAUCUUGUCUUUGAUCUAGUCACCGGCGGAGAACUGUUCGAGGACAUCGUCGCCCGGGAAUUCUACAGCGAGGCGGACGCCUCGCACUGUAUUCAACAAAUCCUGGAAAGCGUUCACCACUGCCACCAUAACGGAGUUGUGCACCGGGAUCUGAAACCCGAAAAUUUACUCCUCGCGAGCAAGGCGAAAGGGGCGGCUGUGAAGUUAGCAGAUUUUGGUCUAGCGAUCGAAGUGCAGGGUGAAGCGCAGGCAUGGUAUGGUUUCGCUGGAACGCCCGGCUAUCUCAGUCCGGAGGUGCUGAAGAAGGAGCCAUACGGAAAACCAGUCGACAUAUGGGCGUGCGGUGUCAUACUGUACAUCCUUCUGGUCGGUUAUCCGCCCUUUUGGGACGAAGAUCAGCAUCGGCUCUAUGGACAGAUCAAGGCCGGAUCGUACGAUUAUCCGAGUCCAGAAUGGGACACCGUCACGCCGGAAGCCAAGAACCUUAUCAAUCAGAUGCUGACGGUGAAUCCAGGAAAGAGGAUCACUGCCAGCGAGGCACUGAAGCAUCCAUGGAUCUGCCAACGUGAGCGUGUUGCAUCUGUGGUGCAUAGACAAGAGACCGUGGAUUGCUUGAAGAAAUUCAAUGCAAGGCGCAAGUUAAAGGGCGCUAUAUUGACGACCAUGCUGGCGACGCGGAACUUUUCCAGUAAGUAUGAUGCACAGGGUCGAAGCAUUAUCACGAAGAAGGGUGAUGGCUCUCAAGUGAAGGAAUCCACCGACAGCAGCACAACGAUCGAAGACGAUGAUGUUAAAGAGGAUAAGAAGGGCGGCGUCGACCGGAGCAGCACGGUCAUUGCCAAAGAACCCGAAGGUACACCUCCGAGCAGCCCCGCGACAAUGUCCGCGUUCUCCAGGAUGGUCGGCGCGGCCACAACCAUGGCGAACAAACAGGCCCCGAAUCAGAACCAGACCCAGAUUCAGGCCCAGGUCCAAGCCCAGGCCCAGAUUCAGAAUACCGGCAACCCCCUCGGAAUUGCCGCGGUUCUUCUUCAAGGGGCCCAAGCUGGCAGCGCAGGAAGCGGUAGCAGCAGCGGUAGCAGCAACAACAGCCAGAACAGCCAAGUCUGCGCGUCACCAUCGUCGCCGGCCAGUAUCAGCCAUCAGGCGAAUGGUAGCAACGAGCCGAUAGCAUCGCGACGCCGGGAUUCCUCGCCUAUCGCACGCCGACAGGAAAUCAUCAAGAUGACUGAGCAAUUGAUCGAGAGCAUCAACACCGGAGAUUUCGAGGCAUACACGAAAAUCUGUGAUCCACAUCUGACCGCAUUCGAGCCGGAGGCUCUAGGUAAUUUAGUCGAGGGAAUGGAUUUUCACAAAUUUUACUUUGAUAAUGCAGUCUUGGGGAAGAACUGUAAGGCGGUCAAUACGACAAUCCUGAACCCCCAUGUUCAUUUGCUGGGCGAGGAUGCUGCUUGCAUCGCGUAUGUCAGGCUGACGCAAUACAUGGACAAACAAGGCGUAGCGCAUACCCAGCAAAGUGAGGAAAGCCGCGUAUGGCACAAGAGGGACAACAAAUGGCAGAACGUGCAUUUUCAUCGAAGCGCGGUGACGGGUCCAUCCCCGUUCUCUUUCAACCACAAAUAAAUCGGCCAAGAGGACUGUCCUGCUGCCGCUCUCGGCGAAUGCUCGUUAUCCCCCGAUAGAGCGCGAAUGAAGUAACGAAAUGUUAGGAAUACGGAACACAACGUACGCGGGCAUCCUCACGAAGCACACACACACACACACA